UCUAACCGGACCCUGGCCUCCAUUAUGACAAUCUCGGUUGAAGACUAAAAUAUCAAAAUAGAAUAUGAAGGAACCUAUUUAUGUACAUUGCGCUGUCACCAGCGCCAACGCAUCUCCUCCGCCGUCAAUGUCAUUGGCAAAGGAACCUCACAAAUACUUCGACCACGUCAUCAUCACCGUUCGCACUGGUGAUGGCGGCCACGGCGCGGUUCUGAAUCAGCAGCAGCAACAGGAGCAAGGAAAAAUGAAGUUGAAGAAAGGGAAAGGCUCCUUGAAGAGGGACUUCGACGGAUCCCUCAUUCUCCCCAUAGGUGGCCACGGAGGUGACGUCGUGCUCUAUGCCGACGAGUCCAAAGACACGCUGCUGGAGUUUCACAACACAGGCCGCUACCACACCAAACGCAGUGGCAACGUUGAUGCCAUGGGCAUUUUAACUUUGAUGCUUCGCGAUGGACUUACUGCACCAACGCUAUGUAUUGUUGUUCCCGUAGGUACAGUUGUGAAAAGCAAACGAGGGAAGAUGUUGGCUGAUCUAGCGCAACCUUGGGAUGAAGUUCUUGUUGCAAGGGGAGGACAAGAAGAGAUUAGCUUGUUAGAAAUGCCACAGCAUAAAAGGAAAACGAUGAUGGCUCUGCCAACUAUUGUGAUGAGCGAUGACUCGGACAAGGUAUGAGGCAGGAUGUCAAUGUUCUGAUCUUUCUAGACGUUAGAAAAACAUUAAAAGAAGGUAUGAAGCUUUACAUUUCUGACAACAAGGUGAUCUUGACAGAAGGUUUUGAUGGUGUUGUUCCUCCCAAGUAUUUUGAAAAGAUAAAAUCAUGACCGAGCAGAUAGUCCGUUCCUUUUUAAAGUUCUCUUACAAUUUUGCUUUUACUUAAGAUCACAGGACGUUGAGGAUUACCAGAUGAUUGUGUAAACUUCUCACAAUAAUUACUAUUUGAUUCCUAAUUUUUGUUGUUUUUAAUGAUUCAGUUAAGUUUACUUUGGGUCAUUAAGUUAUAUAUACUAUGUUUUUUUUUUGUCAGAUUGAGUUAUAUAUGUGUAAAGAUUUUUUUUACGGAAUAUAAGUGUGUAAAU